GGAUGCUGGAGCACCCAAAAUGACCGCCUUAAACAUUUUUAGUGCCAUAUUUCUUUUUUUUUAAGUUGUGCCGAAAAUAACAGAAAUGAACGAAAUGGUUAAAACGAAGUCGAACUUUGGAGUGUUCCGCUUUAUCUAGUCCAAUAAGAAUAAAUUGUUUAAGUUUAUUUGCGAUAAUUUUUUGAUAUGUAAUAAAUUACGAGCAACGUCAGCGAAUCGAAGCCAACAGGUGAUCGAGCGCGAAUAUUUGAAACGAUUAAAAAAUUAAUUUAAACAAAGUUUAAGAAAUGAAAGCUGGUUCAGAGAAUUUUUUUCCACGUUGUUUUUUAGUAACCGAUCGUCUACGGCCGAAGGCGAACGUAAUUUACGGAAAGGCCUCCGAGAGAUAAGAAUUUAACAACAGUUAACAACCACUUGAACAUUCAGAAUGUCGGUCGCAAAUGGUUCUUUAAAAUUAAUAUCCGGUUUAUAUCGUGUGUUCAAAGUGAAGCCAAUUUUUGGAAGUUCGCUAAAUACCAAUAAUUUUCAAAGAUUUUUGCACGUUUCAACAAAUUUUAACGGCGUCGUCUCGUUUAAAUUGGCUGAUAUCGGUGAAGGUAUUAAAGAUGUGGUUAUCAAAGAAUGGUUCGUUAAAGAAGGCGAUAAAGUGUCGCAAUUUGAUAAUAUUUGUGAGGUGCAAAGCGAUAAAGCCUCCGUCACGAUAACAAGUCGGUACGAUGGAAUUGUUAAAAAACUACAUCACAAGGUCGACUCGAUUGCUUUGGUAGGAAAACCUUUACUUGAUAUCGAAGUAGAAGGAGAGGAGUCUUCUUCUUCAUCAUCCGAAUCGGAUGUUUCCGAUGGCGAAUCCAAAAAGGAACCUCAAAGCGCCCAAAAAGAUAUUAAUGAAAUUAAUGACAUAAACAUAGCUUUAUGUAUCCCAUCAGUUCGAAGACUUGCCAAAGAACACAACAUCAACCUCUCCGAAAUAAGAGGAACCGGAAAAAAAGGAAGGAUUUUAAAAGAAGAUGUAAUUCGUUACUUAGAAUCAAAAAAAGUUCCCGCAAUACCAAGGGAAACCCAACCAAUUAGAGAAUUCAAAUCCGCGGAAAUAAAAACGCGUUCUGACAGAAUAGAGCCAUUAAAAGGAUUUCAGCGGGCCAUGAUCAAAACUAUGAGUGAAGCCCUAAAAAUUCCUCAUUUUCUUCUUUGCGAGGAAAUCACCGUGACUAAAUUAACAUCGUUAAGGAAAUCCAUAAAGCAAGAAGCUGAGAAUCAAGGGAUUAAAUUAACGAUGAUGCCUUUCUUUAUAAAAGCGGCCUCGAAUGCUUUGAGUCGUAACGAUGUUUUAAACGCAACGUUCGAUUCAAACUCGGAACUCGUCACUUAUCACGGUGCUCAUAAUAUCGGGGUUGCAAUGGAUACUAAAAUCGGGCUUGCCGUGCCGAUUAUUAAAAACGUUGAUCAAUUAACAAUUUUAGAAAUAGCCCAAGAACUUAAUCGAUUGAUGGUUUCGGGAAAAGAAGGAAAUUUUAGGACUCAAGAUCUUCAAGGAGGAACAUUUACUUUAUCAAACAUCGGAAUUAUUGCUGGAACUUACGCGGCUCCCGUAAUUUUACCGCCUCAAGUAGCCAUUUUAGCAAUUGGAGCUACUCAAACGCUGCCGAGAUUCGAUAAAGAUAAAAAUUUGGUUGCUGAAGAUGUUUUGAAUGUAAGCGGAUCUGGUGAUCAUCGAAUCGUGGAUGGCGCGAGCAUGGCGAGAUUUUUGAAAGACUUUAAAAAGCAACUUGAGGAACCAAACUACCUCUUUUUAAACUUGUAAAUUUAAUUCAAUUUUGAUUCAAUAGAAGUGUUUUAAUUAAAGAAAUGCAACAAAACCCAGA